GUCAUCUAACAAUAUUAUGCAAUGCUGAAUUAAUACCAAUUGCUAGGUGUUUCUCUCGUAUUUCACCUCCUCUCGCCGCUUCACUCCAGUCCAGCGGGUGGCGCUAAAACAUACGUUUGUUUUCCAAACACUAUUAAACCUUAGAAGAAGAAGAUUAGUUUCUCUGCGCUCUCUGUUGUUUUGUCGUGAUGCUGUUUUAAUACAAACGGUUAGAAAUGUUUUUGAAUCAGGUCGGUAAAAACCUGUAAUAUUCUCAUCCUCAGAGUCAUGACUAAGUGUUGAAGCAAGCAGGAAUAUCUGGAGGAGUAUCAUCUGAACUGAGAUCUGCUGCUGUGAAGAUGGUGUUUGUUAAAGAGGAGAGUGAGGAGAACAUGAUUAAACCAGAACCUGCAGAAUAAAACACGAGGAACAAGAGACAUGGAGAAUAAAACAUGAGGAACCAGAACCCUGCAGAAUAAAACAUGAGGAACCAGAAACGAGGAUAAUAAAACUCGAGGAACCAGAACCCGAACCAGAACCAUGGAGAAUAAAACAUGAGGAACCAGAAACGGAACCAGAACCGCGGAGAAUAAAACACGAGGAUCAUGGAGGUCUGAUGAAAGUGAAAGAAGAACAAGAUCUUAAUGAAGCGGAGGAGAAGCAUCGGGAUCAGAAAGAUCAUAAUGUCACCACUGGAGAAACAUCAGGGAGUUGCUCCGAAACUGAAAACGGUUGCUCACAAAGCAGCAUUCAAGUAACAGAAGUCAAGAAGCCUUUCACCUGCUCUGAAUGUGGAAAUACUUUCACACGCAAACGAAGCCUUAAAUAUCACAUGUUCAUGCACACGGGAAAAAAGCCCUUCACCUGCUCUCAGUGUGGAAAGGCAUUCAAUCGCAACAAAUACCUUAAGAAUCACAUGAGUAUUCACAGUGAAAUAAAACCUUUCACUUGCUCUGAGUGUGGAAACGCUUUCAAACAGAAAAAAAGCCUUGACGCACACUUGAUGAUUGUUCAUGCUGGAAAAAGGCCUUUCACCUGCUCUGAAUGUGGAAAUACUUUCACACGCAAACGAAGCCUUAACAAUCACAUGUUAAUUCAUACGGGAAAAAGGCCUUUCGCCUGCUCUCAGUGUGGAAAGAGUUUCACACAGGAAAGAAAUCUUAAGGCGCAUAUGCAUAUUCAUACUUUAGACAAGCAAUCAACCUGCUCUCAGUGUGGAAAGACUUUUACGUGUAAAGGAAGCCUGAAGAAGCACAUGUUAAUCCAUGCUGGAAUAAAGCCUUUCAUCUGCUCCGAGUGUGGAAAGGGUUUCAUAUGUGAAAGUCAACUUAAAUAUCACAUGGCAGUUCAUGCUGGAAUAAAACCUUUCAGCUGCCCUCAAUGUGGAAAGAGUUUCAUACAGGAAAAAAGUCUUAAAAAGCAUAUGCAUAUUCAUAAUUUAGACAAGCAAUUAACCUGUCCUCAGUGUGAAAAGACUUUCAUGUGUGAAGGAAGCCUGAAGGAGCACAUGUUAAUUCAUGAUGGAAUAAAGCCUUUCACCUGCUCUGAAUGUGGAAAUACUUUCACACGCAAACGAAGCCUUAAAUAUCACAUGUUCAUGCACACGGGAAAAAAGCCCUUCACCUGCUCUCAGUGUGGAAAGGCAUUCAAUCGCAACAAAUACCUUAAGAAUCACAUGAGUAUUCACAGUGACAUAAAGCCUUUCACCUGCUCUGAGUGUGGAAACGCUUUCAAACAGAAAAAAAGCCUUGACGCACACUUGAUGAUUGUUCAUGCUGGAAAAAGGCCUUUCACCUGCUCUGAAUGUGGAAAUACUUUCACGCAAACGAAGCCUUAA